UGAAGAUAGGCGGUGUGAAUUUGUCACAAGGUUCUAUUUCACUUCAGUUAUAAAGAAUGAAGUAAGCUCCUUCUCAGAAGAUUUGGAGUUACCUUGAAAUAUACAAACAACGGAGAGUAUGAGGUCACCCUAUUUCCCAGCGAGGUCGGUGCUUUUUCACAAGGAGCCCAACGGAGUGACGUACCGAGUCCCAGCGCUGCUCUUCCUGUCCCGCUCCAGGUCCUUCCUGGCCUUCUGCGAGGAGAGACUCAGCCCGUCAGACUCUCAGGCUCACCUGCUAGUCAUGAGGAGAGGCACUUUCUACAGGAACUAUGUGGAGUGGGAGGACAUGCAUGUCCUCGGCACAGCCUUCCUGCCGGGCCACCGGUCCAUGAACCCGUGCCCGGUGUACGAUGAGUUCACAGACACUCUCUUCUUGUUCUUCAUCGCUGUCCUCGGCCACAUCUCGGAGUCCUAUCAGCUGGCGACGGGGAAGAACCUGACCCGUCUCUGCUACAUCUGCAGCACCGAUGACGGAAUCACCUGGAGUCCUGUCACCGACCUCACCACGAGGGUCAUAGGAGACACAAUCAAAGAAUGGGCCACCUUCGCUCUCGGCCCGGGUCACGGCAUCCAGCUGAAGUCUGGCCGUCUGCUGAUUCCUGCCUACGCGUACCACAUCGAGUGCAAAGAGUGCUUCGGACAGCUCUGCCAGAACCCCCACGCCUUCUGCUUCCACAGUGACACCCACGGGCGGACAUGGAGUUUCGGGGAGGGGGUGCCCGUGCCGGAGAGCGUGGAGUGUCAGAUGGUGUCUGUGGACGAAGAGGACGGGACCAACGUGCUGUACUGCAAUGCGCGCAGCCCUCUGGGAUACAGGGUGCAGGCCCUCAGUCUGGAUGACGGAGCGGUGUUUCAGGAAGGGCAGCUGGUGCAGCGGCUUGUGGAGCCUCGAAACGGUUGCCAUGGUAGCAUUGUGGGAUUUCCUGCCCCGUUACAUUUAUUUCAUUCUCUUGGCGAACACUUAGACCAACCUAUACGUCACUCCAGACACUGGACGUCCUGCAUGACUGACUCAAAUAACACCACCUCUGCUUCUACAAGCUCCUUGACACCCAAUCAUCCAAAUUUUCUCACCCCCACCUGGGUGGUGUACUCCCACCCAACAUGGACCACUGGACGCAGGGAUCUGGGUGUGUUCCUCAGCCUGUUUCCCCGCGAUCCAGACAGUUGGCGUGGCCCCUGGGUGAUCUACGAGGGCCACAGCGCUUACUCCGACCUCGCCUAUCUGGAGUUGCCCUCCCUCGGUGCACCACCCGCUGUGGCCUUCGCCUGCCUGUUUGAGUGCGGCACCAAAACGGCCUACGAUGAGAUCUGCUUCAGCAUCUUCACCCUCUAUGAGCUCAUUGAUAAUCUGCCCCGGGACGCACCGCUGGGAAAUAGCAACCGUGAAUGUAAAAGACAGCAGAAUCAAACCUCAGAGACGGAUUGUACGAGUGGACAUGACGGUCAAAGAACAGAAGCCUUUCAUCAGGGGCCUCAUGUGAAGAAGACGAGGAAGAAGAGCAAGUUGGCUGAGAUGUGUUCGCUGUCUUAAAUGUAGUUUUUCACCUUUUAUUACAGAGUUAAAGUCCCGUAACUGUUAUUUAUUCUUUAUUAAAUGCACCUUUACAAUCUAAUAGAACUGUUUUGACAUCAAGUCUCUGUUUUUAUUUAACUGCAAUAGAUUGUACAGGUUUAUCUAGUAAAGUUUGAGUGUGUGUGCAUCACUGAUUACAGAAUAUUGUACACACUAUUAUUAUUUACAUCAGUUACAUUAACUGCAACCCAGUGCGACUCAGUAAUGAUGAAAAGCCUUUCUGUUCAGUAUGUUUGCUGCGGUGUUGAUCAUUUGUCUAUUUGUAUUUUGUAGAACACAUCAAGCGUCAUUAAAAUAUUUCUGAUCGACUUUGACUAACUAUUUUGGUGAUUCAAAAACAGGCAGCAAAAGCAAUUGUCUAAUUUAUCUGUAUUAUAAAAAGCAAGAAUCUAUGGAGUAUGUUAUCAGAUUCAUAAAUAUAACUGUGAGAUUAAGGUUUAUGUGCCUGGAUCAGCGUCUGAUACUGCUUUAAAUAACAUGAUGGAAUAUCCAACACAAUGAGUCUGAAGGGGAAUAUCGCUCCUUUUUUUUCCAGACUAAAGGAUUUGAUAAAACAAUUCAAAUUAAAGCUUUUCAACCAAAUCACAAAACCUAAUAUUGAGAUACAGCAGAUCAGAAUAAUUGCUUGUCAUUAUCUCAGUCUGUGAUCCAUGAUCUCUGAACAAGAUAAGAAAUUACUAAAAUACUGAGUAUGUGGUAAUGUUUCCUGUGAGAAUAUUCGGUUGGAUGUCGGAUUGUGAUGAGCCCACUUUUGUGGAUGUUUUCAUAACUUUCCUUUAUGAUCUUGAAUCUUAAACCGUGUAUAAUUUGCUUCUUAACUGCUCCAAAUAGCCAGAACGUGUUUAAUCUGGCUCCAUGAGCGUCCUGCUACAUUGUUUUUGGCACACUGUGGACCAGGCGAGGCUGCAACCCAUCAGGCUCCAUUAGUCACAGCUACUCUAAUUGGAUAACUGUUCCUAAACUAAUCAGGUCUCGUCGUCCGGCUGUUGAAACAUUCAGGGGCUGACAGCUUAAGUGAGUUGCAUGAGAAC